UAUUUCAGAAUCCUCUCCCCAUCCCCCUCUCUGAUGAAGGGUCUAGGCCCAAAACGUCAGCUUUUGUGCUCCUAAGAUGCUGCUUGGCCUGCUGUGUUCAUCCAGCUUCACUCUUUGUUAUCUUGGAUUCUCCAGCAUCUGAAGUUCCCAUUAUCUUUUAUCUAUGCAUUUUGUUCUACCCAGUUUGAACAUUUGAAUUAGGAGCAGGAGUAGAGCUUUUGGCCCUUUUUGCCUCAUCACCACUAAUCAUAUUUGGGAGGCGAUGGCCCAGUGAUACUGUUUCUGGGCCGUUAAUCCAGAGAACCAGAUAUUGUUCUAGGGACGUGGAUUUGAAUCCCACCAUGGGAGAUGGUGGUAUUUGAAUUCAGUUAAGAUCUGAAAUAGAGUCUAUUGAUGACCAGAAAAACAAAUCUGGUUCACUGAAGUCCUUCAGGGAAGGAAACUGCCAUCCUUACUUGGUUUGGUGUACAUGUGACUCCAGACCCACAGUUGUGUGGUUGGCUGUGGGCAUUUAGAGAUGGACAAUAAAUGCUGCCCAGCUAGCGAUGCCCUCUUCCAGUGAAUGAAUAAAAAAAUUCUGACUGGCCUGAACUCCACAAGCCUUGAUAACUAUCGACUCUCUUGUUAAUCAAGAAUAUUAUCUAAAUCAGCCUUAAAGGAUAAUCAAACGACCCUUUGCUCUUUGAGCAUCAAUGGGACUUUCUUUCACCAAUAUCUGAGGAAGAAAAUUAAUCUUUCCUCCAUCUUAAAUACAAAAUCUUAUACUUAAACAGUUUUCCCUUGUCCCAGGGAAACAUGCUUUCAAAGUCAACCCUGUGAGAUCCUCUUAACGAUCUUGUAUUUCAAGAAAAUCACUUCUGAUUUUUCUGAGCUACAAUGAUUUACAUGCCCAGCUUGUCCAACUUUUCCUCAUAAGAGAAUCCCCAAUCAAGAUAUCAGUCAUGCAUACCUUCUCUGAACUAUGUCUCUGAAAUCGUUGACUCUCUUUUUAAAUAAGGAAACUGCAACAAUAUACAGUAUUCCAGAUGUGGCUUUACCAGUGCUUUACCAUCUGAUACAAAGCAUCCCUACCUGUAUGUUCCAUUUGCAUUACAAUUAAAUAUAUCAUCUCAAUCGCCUUCCUAAUCACUUGCUGAUUUAGGCAAAUUCAGCAUGGACCAUGAUUGAAUGUGAGUUCUUGGAUCUUGUGGCUGAGGUAUGAUCAUCAGUCUAAAAGUAGCUUAACUACAAGGUUUAGUGUAUCUGGGUUUUUCACAUUUGUAUGUUUGCGACUCGUACAAAAGUUAUUUUCUAUUUUUAUUCAUUGAAAACAAAAGUCAUAAAGUAUUUCUUAAAUCUAUAUAAACAGUUCAGGAUCUAUUAUUUGCCAAUAUCUGGCAGAAAGAUUUCUAAUUCAAUGCCAUUAUAUUUAGUAUGCUGUACAAUUGUAGCCUGCAGACGUUUAUCCAUUCUGCAUUCUGGUGCAGACGUGAUCGGCCAAAUGGCUGCUUCCUGUAUCAUAAACAGCUCUGUAAUAUAUACUUGCAACAAAUUUAUUUGCAAUGCCCAAAGAUUGGCCAUCUUUUGAAUUUAAUAACGUUGUACUAAUCUCCUUUGCUGUGUUGGUCAUGUUGUGUUCUACACAAUUGCUGUCUGUUGAUAUUUACCGCUUUAAAGCGGAGGUCCUUGGGAAGUCUAUUUCUGAUUACCAACUUGAGCAGUUCAUUUGUUCUGUUUGGAACAAUUGGUCCUGAAGCAUAGAAACUCACCUAAAUUUUUAAAACAAUGGGUUUUUUUUAUUAAAAUAGUUAAUUGUUAAAAAUCCUCCAGUGCUAAUUUUUAGUUCUUUCUUCUGGCCUGAUUGGAGCAUGUAUACUUGUUCUGGAGUGUUUUGCCCAUUGAAAUUUAUUUUGCUGACUUUGCUGUUUGUUGUAUUGUAACACUUUAUGAUAACAUGGCGAGUUGAAAUGUGUAGAAAGUGUACCUUCUCUCAAUGCGCAUAUUUUUGAUGCCUUCGUUCUUUAGAACUGCAAAGUCUAUAAUUUUUAAAAAAAUCUAGGGAUGUAUAUUAACUAGUUUACAAACAGCCAGUUUUUACUUAAGAGCACGGUGAGGGUCCUGUUUUAAUAAAACUGACCCAUGCUGUGUGUCUGAAUUAUUGUUUUAUAUAUUACACUUGUAGCCCUGCAACAAGAACUCUCUUUUCCUGAGUAGCAUUAAUAGUGUUUAGCAAAUCUGUGACUUCAGAUUUUGCUUCCUAUUGGUGGAAGCACCUUCCCCAAGGCAAAAUAAAAGUUUCGAAUUCAGAAAUGACACAUCUUUCAAAUAGCUCAACAGCCUUGUCUUUCUAGUCCAUUUUAAAAUAAUUUUAAAUAUGAGGGAAGCAAUGACCUAGUGGUGUUAUCACUGGACUGUUAAUCCAGAGACCCACGUUCAAAUCCCCCAUAGCAAAUGGUGGAAUUUGAAUUCAGUAAAACCUGGAAUUAAGAGUCUGAUGAUCAUGAAACCAUUGUCGAUUGUUGAAAAACCCAUCUGAUCUGCUAAUGUCCUUUAGGGACGGAAACUUCCAACCUUGUCUGCACUACAGGUAAUUCCAGACCCACAGCACGCUUUGGGCAAUUAAAGAUGGAUGCCCUCAUCCUGUAAAUGAAUUUUUAAAAAUUGAGAAUGAUGUUAAUUUUUAAAAAAACUUCAAAUAUGGUCUGUGGAUCUAAAGUAUCCAGAGUAGGCCUAUUGGACAUAAAAGCAAAUCAAGGGAGCGAGGGUGAACAGGUAGAGGUUGGUGUGAGGUCUUGUACGUUUUUCUUUACAGUGUGCUGACUGGGCAUUUCUGUACGGUAUAAACUUUGUUUUCUCAAAAGUGUACCCAUUAUGGUUUAAAAAACAAAGUUGGGUUGAUUAGUGGCUCCUUGAUAUCUGACCUAACAGUGGGAGCACAAUUUGAUAUUCUGACUGCAAUUGGAUGGAAUUAGGAUACAGAUGACAGAUUAUUGCAUUUCUUAAACAAGGUGAGUGAUUUUUAAAACUCAGUUUUGGUUAUUACAAUUACAGUUGUAAAACAAUCUUAGUGAUGUGUAGUUCCUGCAUAAAUUACUUACGUCAGUUAAUUAGAACAUUCUUUUCGGCGUUAAAUUUGAAUCUGUAAAGUAUUGGCUUUGUUCAUGAUUUUCAAUGAAACCCUAUUUAAAAUAUUGGCUUUUAUGAAUGUGCCAAUAUUUCCUUUAAAAAAUAGUACCCUAGUAUAAGCUGUCUACAAUAAAUGUAAGGCAAAACAGAUAUCAUUGAAGGGUUUUUAAAUGUGAUUAGCUAUUGAUGGUCUUUGAAGUAUGUUCCCAUGUUUUGUAUUAUAAAUUUAAAUGUGGUUUGAUGUGGGAAAUGGUCAAUUCACAAUGGUGUCAUGCAAGUCCGAGUCGGAUCAAAAUCCUAGAAACUUGCAACAUGGAACAAUGCGUUUCACCAAUUAUGUUUAUAUUGGCACUGUAAAAGUGCCACCAUGUUUAGUUCCACAAUUUUCUUUCAAUAUACAACCCUGUCAGUACUUCAUCAAGUACCUGGCCAACUCACAUUUGCUUAUUGAGUCAGCUGCUGCUGUUGUUUCAGAUUGAGGGUACCAGUUGGUAACAAUGCACUGAAAACCAUUCUCAUCUUACCUCUGUAUCUUUUGCAAAUGAUUUUAACAGUCACUUCAGGUUAUAGCCCACUUUUAUGAAGCAAUAGUUUUAUGUAUCUACUGCGUCAAAACCUCUGCGUUAACCCCAGUUAUUGCUGUUCCAAGGAUAAAAGCCCCAACAUUAGCAACUUACUUUCAUAAUGGAAGUUUCUCAUCCUUAGUAAACUUCGGCUUUACUCUUUCUAAGACUUUUGUAUCCUUCUCAAAAUGUGCUCUGAUGUGUUCAAUGUGCCUGCUGAAGCCUAACGGGUGAUUUAUAAAAUUCUAACAUGAUCAAUUUCCAUAAAACAAUUAUUUUUAAAAGUGCCUUUACUCUGCAUUGAACCUGAUCUUCCAAGGCUUCCGUUUCACUGAGCACUAAUACUUCUAAUUUGUCCAAAGUUUUUUUUAUUGGUGAAUUAAAGUUAAGCAGAUAAGCAGUUGCGCAUAGAUUCUUCAUUUUUCUCCUUCUCUGCUCUUUUCUGCACCUGUCUUAUAUUUUCUGCUUGCAUCUAUAAAAUGCUGACUCUGUUAAUUAGGUACGAGUAUUGUGGUACCCAACUGGGGUGAAGUCAGACAGCAAAUGUCAUCAGACUGUUUGAACACAUUUACUCCUGUUCUUGGCGAUGUCCAAAAGUGCACUUGUUAAUGGAAUUCAAUGCAUAAUAAUCCUGUCUAAUUAUAGUCAUUCGAUUUCAUUUUAUUUCAUUGGAUUAUUGUUUCCCUUUAAAUAGUGAAUAGUAAUUUGAGGAAAAGGCAGGAGAGUGGCACUGAGUCCUGAUGGUUUUUGGAGAGCCAGUGUAGACUCUUUUGGCUGACUCAUUACCUCCUGUAGCGUAACGCUUCUAUGAUAACUCAUUCUCCUAUCAUCACCAAUUUAGUAACACUUUGACCAAUUGGGCAACAUGGUGGCUUAGUGGUUAACAUUACUGCCUCAUCGCGCCAGGGACCUGGGUUAGAUUCCAUCCUUUGGCAACUGUCUGUGUGGUAUUUGCACAUUCACCCCAUGUCUGCAAGGGUUUCCUCCAGGUGAUCCAAUUUCCCCCAACAGUCCAAAGAUGUACAGGUUAAGUGAACUGGCCAUUUUGCUGUCCAGGAUAUGCAGGGCUAGGUGGAUUAGCCAUUGGAAAUGCAGGAUUACAGGGAUAGGGUAGGGGACGGGUUGGUGUGGACUCAAUGAGCCAAAUAGCCUGCUUUCACAUUGUAGUGAGUCUAUGAUUCAACUAGCUCAAGAUUGACACAGAUUAGUACACAUUAUUGUGUUCUGUCUUUAGUGUGAAGGAGUAAUAGUAAAGAAUUUUGCCAACCUUCUUUGGAAGAAGCAAGAUAUGUUGUAGCUAUUGAGAAGCAAGUGAUAACAGUGGAUUGUGAUUUUUCUGUUCCCUUGCACCCACAUUUAAAUCUAUUAAUUUUCAAAGACCACCAGUUCUGUUAUGAAAGCCAUGGAAUUAAUUGCCACAAGCUAGAUGCGUAACAGACUUGCCCUGUUGAGGUAAGUCUGUUAAUAUUUUACUUCCUUUUCAGUUUUAAAUCAUGCUAAUUUGAGGCUUUCUUCUCCAUUUUGAAAAGGUAUUUGCACAGAUAUCUUUAAAAGCAUUACUUAUAGAAUUGUACUUAACACAGCGUGAACUUUCUGCAAGCAGGCUGCUUUUUAAAAAAAAAUCAAAAUAAAGUUUUUCUGUCUGCACCUAAGUGCAAUGCUUCACUAAGGUUUAAUUUUUAAACUUAAAUAUUUAGGUUAUGAGCAUUAUAAUGUCUCCUGUGCAAGUAAAACUAAUGGUAGACACUAUGGUUAAAUCAUUUUUAUUGACUGUGCAAGAACUCAGCUACACCUCUCCUUAAAAUAGCAGUAAAAUUAAUCUCAAUUUAACACUGAGCAGAUGGUAGCUACCAGUUUCCCUGAUCUGGCAUUGAUGCUUAAAGUAUUGUUAGCUACAUAUAAUUUUGAGCUUAUUAGAUGUACGUUUAUAGUAUGAUACUAGCUAUGGAUGUUGUAUGUUGCAAGUUUGCAGUUUGCCCACAGUUUAGCAAAAAUCAAGGUUUUAAAUAUUCACUAACAACAUCUUCAACUUUUAUCUUAACAGCGUAUUCUGAGAAGUUCCUGAUGGUAUGCUUCAAAUCACCGGUGAGAUGGUAAAGGUUAGCCUUUGGCUGAGCAUGGCGGAUAAACAGAAGACCAAGACUGGUUUGCCACUGAGUGGCCCAAGCACUGAUAUAAAUGUAUCUUCCAGCCACACGGUGGGGUAUUUGGGAAAAUUUUCUGAAAAUACCUCACUCAAUCAAGAGCAAUACUGUCCUGCCUGUGUUGCAAAAGGAGAAAAUAAAACUUUGCGCCGAUACUAUAUAAGUUUAGAAGAAUCCAUUCUUCUUUGUGAAAGUCCACAGUGUCUCUUUCCUUUGGGAUGUAAACCAUUGAAUGAGAUCCUCAUUUCACCUACCUUGUCUCGACCAUCCAUUCAUACUACGAAGAGCAUAUCGGGAUCAGUUGCACUAGUUCCUCCGCGUAAGCGGAAUGUGAAACGACAGAAAACUUCUGAUUGUAAUAAUAAAGACUUUUUCAAUGAAUCACGUGAUGUAUUCAAGGAAACAUUUCAACCAGUUGAAACUGACCUAAAUAAAAUAGACAAUUUUGUCCCUUGUUCAGAAAAUGGAAGCAAUCAUAAUGCAGUUAAUUCUAGUGAAAGAAAUGGCAUUGUUAUCCCUGAUAAGGCAGUUGCUGUGGUACCUGAUCAGUUAUAUGGCAAGAGAAAGGAACCACCGACUGAAUCUGAACAUUCUGGUCAGACUACAUUGGAAGUUCCAACUGUGGGGUCACAGGUUGAACAAUUAUUUCUUCAGUGGAAGAACACAUCUGCUCUCUGCUGGCUAGACUGCAUAUUGACAGCUUUGGUCCACUUGAAAGUGCUAAGGAAAUUAAUGCCUGAUCUAGGGACGGAAAUGGAAUCUCCAUUUAAGAAACUGUACACAGAAUAUGAUCAGGCCUGUGACCUGGUAUUUAACUGCCAAAGCUGUUGCAAAGGUAAUGGUUUAUGGAAGAUUCCCCCCAAAAUGCUCGGUCGGAUCGAAUUAAUAUUAAACAGUGUCCGAGAGAGUCUCUUCCAGCUUCUUCAACCAAAAUUGAAAUGUGAAUUGGGAGUCCCCGAUAGCCCAGUCUUUGCUUUUCCACAACUCCUACGGCAGGAUCCAAAGGUUGAGGCGCUGUUCAUGCAAUCAUAUAUUUGGAGCUUUGAAUGCACGAAGUGUGGCUAUAAAUGUGAGGAGAAAUGUCGGAAAACCUUGCUUACAUUUACAAACGUAGUUUCAGAUUGGCACCCACUGAAUGCUGUUCAUAAAGCAACCUGCAAUAAAUGUCAAGAUAAAGAUCAAAAAAGGAAAAUGCUUUUAGAUUGUGUGUCAUCAAUAUAUAUGCUACAUUUUGUUGAUGGUUUACCACAUGCAGACUUGGAUAUUUACAGAUUUGACUUUCAAGGCAACUCAUACAAAAUCUGUACUAUUAUUCAGUAUUUGCAAGUUGUGAAACACUUUGUGACGUGGAUCCAAAAUUCUGAUGGGUCAUGGCUUGAGUGUGACGACUUGAAAGGUUCUAAUAGUUGUUGGCAUUCAGUUUUAAACGUUCCUGCAAAUGAAAUUCACAUUGUCAUCUGGGAAAAGAUUGGCCUUGAAAAUCCAAAACGAAGCAGCAACAUGUUUUCAUUUAGUUAUUCAACCUCUACAACUGUCCCAACCUUUACAAGCAAUGCCACUACCUCUGUGUCACAGCAGCUCUGUGAAACAUCAUUAAAUAGUCCUGUUCAGUUAAGUUCAGUUAAAAAACCAAUGAUCAGUACAUAUCCAGAGACUACACCUAAUGCAAACUGUGUAAAGGCAGGUGAACAAGGCACUUCAAAUAAUAACUUGCUCUCAGGUUUGGAACAUUUGACAGAUGAUGCAGUAGUAACGCUGAAUCUUGUGGAAGUUAAAGUAGACAAUGAGGGGAACCCAGUAGACAAUUCACAAUUCACGUCAAGUGCUGAACAAGACAAUUUGCAGAAUCUGCAGAAAACUCUACAGAAUUCACCUCUUGUGACUCAGGUGGCUGCUGACCAUGAUGUAUCCGUACAAUCUUGUACUGAUUCACAGUAUUUGAAGGACAUUUUCCAACAAAUAAACCGGGCAGCCGUCAUAGAACCUGACAUGCCUCAAAAAAAUGUUUUAGAAUCCAAAGCAUCUUCAUGGCCACCUAGACCAUCUCAGCUACAAGAAAUUGCUGUAGCUGGUGCCUCAUCUGCGGUAUUACGAAAAGAUAAUUUAACAAGUUCAAAUGCCUGUCCUACUCACGAAAGAAAAACUGCAUCCGAUUGUUCAGAAAUGUCUAUACAGUCGAAGGCAAAAGUACAACAGGAAGAUCAGACCAAAAUCCCAGUAUCUGAGAUCUUGAAAAAGUCUACUGUAAAUGGGUCAUCAGCUGAUAUUUCUCAACCUGUAGCAGCUAAAAGAAGCUUUGCUGUAGGUUGGACGAAGAACUUGUUCAACCGUCACCUUUCAACGCUGGCAAGCAAUCAACCUAGAGUAUUGCCUCGAAAUGAAGUUAAAAAUGUUCCCAAAGGCAAUGUUUCAGUAAAAACGUUUGAUCUAAAAUACCCUGUAAAGGAGCGUUUCGAUGGUUUCAAGACCAAAUAUUCCUCAAAACGUGCACAAAGUGUCAAAGAAUUAUCUGUCUGUCAAAAUUCAAAUAUCCCUAAUGCUGCUUGUAUACAAAAUGACAACUAUUUGCCUCAAAAUUCGGGUAACAUGAAGGAGAACUGCAAAGUGUUGUUGCCUAAGACAGUCCCUUCUGGUAUCCAUACAUUAAACAAAACAUUUCUUAAUUCAUCAAAAUGUACUGAUCUCUCAAAAUGCGAAACAAGGACUUGUAAUAUGAAGAGUCAGUGCUCCAGCUCAAGCAAGCAAACAGAACUGAAUUAUGCCAGCUCAAAAGCUCAUAGUCUUCGUCUCAAGUUGCUCAAAAAACUUAAAGACAAAAAAGAUCAGCUAAGUUCACUUGACCAGCUAAUGAAGAUUAAGCAGUUGGGUGAAUUUGAUAACGUAUAUGCUAGUACUUCUAGUCUUGAAGGACAGUUAAAUGUUGCAAACAACGGAAGCGCAAUGUAUGAUGAUGUAUUGAAUGAACUUUGGCGUGAGCUUGGCGUUGAAAAUGAUAAGUCAGUUUAUACAGCCAGUUCAAGUGCUUCAUUGAAUAGUAGCCCAGACCAUGAUGAAUUACUUGCAGAAUUUUUCACCCCAACUACAACUGCUACAGCAUCUAAUUAUGUGCAAAGUAGUGAUUCAUGGCUUUGUGGAAGACCAGCAAACUGUAAACCAAGUAAUGACUGUACCAUAGCUCCAAGCACUGUUAGUGGUGACCACAUAUCACCAGUUUACGAGAGCCCCACAAAGGAGGAAAUGUUAGUAGAUUUAUUGUCCACAUCCACUCUUAACUCUUUAACGGGAGAUCACGAUGAAUUACCUAACUUUGAUGAAAAUCUUUUUGAAAACUGUUAGGAAAUGGUCAUUUUGAUGAGGCAAUGAGGAAAUAUUGUCUCCUUUAAUUUAGUACUUAUUGAGAAAACUGUGUGUCCAGUUUCUUGCAUGUUUAAAAAAGGGUUUUUUUUUAUUUUGAGUCAAAUGAAUGGUUAAUGCAUUCUGUGAAUGUAUUUAACUUGUUUUCGGGUAGUUUGUGGUAUUUGCAAGAUGUGAGGUUGCAAUGACACUACUGAAUAAAAUGUUGGUAAUGCAUGUUUACUACAUGUUGCUGACAUUCUGUUAAGAAAAAAAAGUAAACCAGAUGUUGUUCUUGACAAAUGGAGUUCAAUUUGCAGUCAGUACUUUAAUAUAUUUGUGAAUACCAUAUUUUUGUUAAAAUUAAUUUGAAGUGCAGUUUGUUAAUCCUUAUUCUUAAAAUGCAAAUAUUUAAAUCAUUUGCAAUGAUUAUAUUUUAAAUAUUUUGAAAAUGUUAUUACAGACUAAUAAAAUUGAGUAAAAUCAAAUUAACAGUUUACUGAAAAGAUUGACUAGGUUCAUUAGCAUGAAGCAAUUGAUCUAUUGGAAUAAUUUAAAUCCGUAAUGCCAUCUGAGGUCAGCUACAAUCGACUUCAGUUUGGAUUGUUGUUCCUAUCAUCUAAAUUCAUUCAUUAGAUUCUUAUUCUAUACAUUCUCUGUCAUGUGUACUUUUUACUUAAAUGGAAAAUUGUAAUGAGAAAUAUUUGCCAGUCAUGCAAUAUGGUUUAUAAUCGCUGCAAAUGAUAGUUUUUUCAGUUAAAGUUGUGAAGGGAGCUAGACUUGCAAUUUAAAUUGGCAUAUCAUGUAAGUAAGGGUGAUGUUUUUGAAAUAAAUUCGGUCACUAUUGUGAUAAGUUUGAAAAAAGACAAGAUGCUUGAGACAAACAGACCAAUUAGGACCUGUGGAGGGAAGAUCGUUAUUAAUCUUGUGGGCAGCAGCCUUCUUCAGGGUUCUGUCCAACACAUCAACUGGUUUUCUCUUCAUGGAUGGUUUUUUUUCAGUUUUUUAAAAUUUUCUUUCAGAACUCCAAUGUUUGUAGUUCCUGAUUUAUUUCAUUUUGUAUAAUGCAAAUGUUGUUUCAUGGGUUUUGAAAGUUCAAUGUAGAAAUUCAUGCUGGAAGCUCUAAGAUAUGGCUAUGUUUUGUUAAGUGGCCACAAAGUUAAACUGAUUUAUUUAAGGGAUGUUUUGAUAGCUAAUAAAGUUUACUGUUCUUAAUGUUUGAAGCCUGUAUAAGCCAUGCAUAUUAUGCUGAGAAUUACACUAGUAGAACAUUACUUGAGCCAGACCAUCAACACAAGGUAAAGUAAAUAACAAUUUUAGUGGACUCCUGGUAGCCCACAGUACUUUAUAUACUUUCCAAUGCUCGUGCAAAAUUAUUUGUGGUGUAUUUAGUUUUAGUUUCUCUGACUUAGAAAGUUAUUAACUGUUUGGUCUUUGUACUUUAAAUAAAAAUGUUGUGCUGGUCAUGCGACCAAACAAUAAACUUAUUCCAAUUUACCUAA